GACUGAGAUGCAGGGCUGAUUACAGGAGAUUGUAAAAAAAAAACCCUCCUAUCUACACACCGUCCUUAGCUGACACAGAGCUCGGUUACAGUUAAAACAAAGCCAUGGACCCUGAGUACUUCAAAUCUUAUGAGAUGUGUUGGGGCACCCUUGGAACGGUGCGACCAUUCUCCAAUUUCCACCCUGACCGUGAUGCCAUGGAGAUCCAGGCAGCGCUGGAGAAGAAAGAUGCGGUGACUCUGGUGAGAAUCCUGACCAAUAGGACCAACGCUCAGAGACAAGUGAUCGCCAACACCUUUGAAGAAAUUACACAAAAGGACCUGGCAGUUGGUCUGAAGAAAGCUCUGUCUGGAGAUCUGGAGAAUCUGCUGCUGGAACUGCUGAUGCCUCCUCUGCAGCAUGAAGCUUACCGCCUGCAACAGGCCAUGGUGGGUUUAGGCUCAGAUGAGGAAACACUACUGGAGAUCCUGUGUACGCGAUCUGGAAAGCAGCUUCGAGAAAUCAGUGCUGCAUACAGACAAUUGUAUAAAAAGGACCUGGAGAAUGAACUGAUAGGAGAAACCAGUGGAGACUUUGCUAAGCUUGUUGUGGCUUUGUUGAAUAAAGAAGAUGUUGCUUGUGGAGUUCGAAGAGAUAUUGAGGCUCUCUACGCAUCACUGAACGGGAAAAAAGCAGAAGCAAAACCGUGGAUUGACAUACUGACCUCCAGAGACUCAGACCAUCUCAAGAAAGUACUGAUGGGACUGGAGCUGGAGAGUGGACAGAUGGUGGAUCAGACUGUGGAGAAAAGGUUUUCAGGAGACUUUCGACUGGGUUUGAAAGUUUUAGUACAGUGCAUUGAAAACCCGUAUGCCUACCUUGCCAAAAGACUAGCUGACACAAAGACAUCAAUAAUGCAGGGGAUCAUGGUGUCUCACUCUGAGGAUGAUCUGCUGUGUAUCCGAGCUGCCUACCUCAAGUUAACAGGCACUUCCCUCUACACUGCUCUACAGAAACAGUUCAAAGGAAACCAUCUACAGGCUCUGCUGGCCAUCUGUCGAUCUGAAGAUUAAACAACGUCUACACAUUUUGACUAGCUACACUUCCUAUUCAUUUAUAUAGUUCCUUUUCUCUCCUGAAUCACUCUGUGUAUGGUAAUGUAAAAAUGAACUUGGUACUUAUGACGUUCUAUGGGAUGUAAUUUGAUUGAAUGCCGUGCCUGUGUUUUAAUGACUUAUUCAAAUACACGCAACUAAAUGUGACAAAACAA